AUGGACAUCGUUCAUCCCACCGCAGGCUGGGAACAGCUCGGUGAGCGCUUCUAUCGCAAAACACAACUCUACACGCAGGUAUUUGACCAGGAUCUGGACUUGGACAACUACUUGGUCGCCGGUGCUCCCUAUGGCGGCGCCAUUGCCCUCUACCGAGACGACGACAAGCUGAUCGCCUACCAACCCACGCGCUCGUCCAAGCCCAGCAUCGACGUCUACAGCUGCGCUGGCAAACUGAUCCGCCGCAUUAACUGGGACCAAGGCCCCAUCAAGGGCCUAGGGUGGUCUGAAGACGAGAAGCUCCUCGUUGUCACGGCUGAGGGUUCCGUCAGGUGCUACUACGACCUUCAUGGCGAGUUUAACCAGUUUUCGCUAGGCAAUGCUGCCGACGAGGCCGGGGUCAAAUCGUGUCGAUUUUACGGUAACGGGCUUGUCGCCCUCCUGAACAACAACUCUUUAGUGUCAGUCUCCUCAUACGACGAGCCCCGUCCCAAGCUGUUGGCACCGCCACCAGAGGGCCAGGUCCAUGCUUGGAACAUCAUCCCGCCCGCUUAUACCCUUUCGCGGUCGGUAGAGGUGCUCCUGAGCAUUGGCCAGACAAUCUAUGUGUCGGACGCGACAGAGUGCGAAGACCGCUUUUUGGAUAUCGGACCCUUUGCCCACAUCGCCGUCUCGCCGAACGGAAGGUUUUCGGCUCUCUACACGGCAACCGGCACAGCCCAUGUCGUUACCAGCGAUUUUCAGAACCGGCUCAGCGAGCACCACUCGGGAUCCAAAAUUCCGCCCAAGUACUUUGAGUGGUGCGGCAACGAUGCCGUGGUUAUUGCCUGGGAAGACGAAAUCCAUCUCGUGGGGCCAAGUGGCUCGCUAGCUACGUUCUUUUACGACAGCGGGCGGGUACACAUCAUUCCAGAUUACGAUGGAGUCAGAAUUCUAGCAAACGAUACAUGCGACUUUCUUCAAAAGGUGCCUGAUGUCACCGAGGAGAUAUUCCGCCUCGGAACAGACUCGCGCGCAGCCAUCCUCCUAGACGCGGUCGAGCAACUCGAGUUGCAAUCUCCCAAAGCCGACGCCAAUAUCCAACUGAUCCGGCCACACCUAGUCGAGGCAGUUGAUGCCUGCGUCAAUGCUGCCGGUCAGGAGUUUAGCGUCCACUGGCAAAAACAGCUGCUUAAGGCUGCCUCCUUCGGAAAGUCGGUGCUGGAUGUCUACAACAGCGACGACUUUGUAGAUAUGUGCGAGACUCUCAGAGUGUUAAAUGCCGUCCGCUUUUUUGAGAUCGGCCUGCCGUUAUCAUACGAGCAAUACCAACGCCUGUCACCAUCCGGCCUCAUCUCCCGUUUACUAAAUCGUCACGAAUAUUUGCUAGCACUCCGUAUCGCGGGCUACCUUCGGUUACCGACGGACAAAAUCUAUGUUCACUGGGCCUCAGCCAAGGUCCGCCUCGGCGCUGACGACGACGACACGGUCUGCAGGAAGAUCGUAGAGAAGUUGUCUGGCAAGCCUGGGAUCUCCUUUGAGGUGAUUGCCCGCGCGGCAUAUGACGAAGGAAGGGGGCGCUUGACCACCGAGCUUCUCAACCACGAGCCACGGGCCGGGCGGCAGGUUCCUUUACUAUUGAGCAUGGAGGAGGACGAAUUGGCGUUGGACAAAGCCAUCGAAAGCGGCGAUACGGAUCUUAUCUACUUUGUCCUACACCAACUCCGGCGUAAGCUGCCGCUGGCUGGCUUUUUCCGCGCCAUCAGCAGUCGGCCAGCCGCUACGGCCCUCGUGGAAUCAUCCGCUCGCCAAGGAGACGGCGACGGCCGCGAGGACACCACGCUACUGAAGGAUUUAUACUACCAAGACGACCGGCGUCUUGAUGGCGCGGCCGUGUUUAUCCGCGAAGCCAUGCGGCAACCCGAGAGCCGCACAGCCAGUGACAAGCUCGCGCUGGCCGCAAAACUACUGGGGGACAACACCAGAGAGCACGCAUCCGAGCUGACCACCCUAAAAGAAGCCACAACGCUCCUGCGGAUGCAAGAGGCAUUUGACCGAGAUCUCACCGAUAAAUUUACCGGUCUCUCAGUAAACCAGACGAUGUUCAAGCUCAUCCGCCUCGGGUACCACGGCCGAGCGAAGAAGAUCCAGAAUGAAUUCAAGGUACCGGAGAAAGUGGCGUGGUGGAUUCGCCUCCAAGCCCUCGUCGCCAAACGCGACUGGAACGAAAUCGAGGAAAUAUCUCGCCAACGCAGAAGCCCCAUCGGCUGGGAGCCCUUCUACAACCAAACCCUCCAAGCCGGCAACCCCCGUCUGGCCGCGACGUUCAUCAGCAAAUGCACCGGUCUGCCUGCGGGACAGUCAAUCACCAUGUAUGAGAAGUGUGGACUACGUGUGAAGGCAGCCGAGGAGGCCGUCAAGGCGCGGGACGCAGAUGCUUGGGCGAAAUUGCUGGAGGCUGCGGGACGGACUACGCAGGAAGGGCGGGAGAUUGAACGGGUGGGUGCGGCUGUUUUUGGGAAGAAGUAG